CCCCACCCCACCCCCACCCGGGCGUGGGAUUGGGAGUCAGUUUGAUUCUCCGCCACCAGAAGUUGUUUCUCAGAGUAUUUGAGAGCGUUUGUGUGACAUUUAGUACCCACAUCUCAUCCCCAUUCAGUAUUCAUCUCAAAGCCAAAAGGAUUAAAUAUGAUGAUCAACACUAGUGAAGCUGUGGGUAAAUGGAAGGGAAUGGCACGUCCAUCUUUGCCCUCCUCUUUGGACUCCACAUUGCCUGGAAUAUCUCGGGACGUUUUGACAGUGUCCAUGGAACCAAAAUAUCAAUGCCAGCAGUGUAAAGAGAUUCUAAGAAAACCUUUUCAAGCACAGUGUGGACAUCGCUUCUGUGUGUUCUGUUUCAAACAACUCACCAGUUCAGGCCCCAUACCCUGUGAAGCCUGCCGUGCUGAGGGUAUAUUUGAAGAGGAACUGUCUAUGCUCAAUAUUACAGUGGCAUUUCCUGACAACGCAGCACGACGAGAAAUUGAUAGUUUGCCAGCAAAGUGCACAAAUGAAGGCUGUAUAUGGACUGGAACAUUAAAAGACUAUGAGAAUCAGCAUGAAGGUCACUGUGAAUUUGAGCGUGUGAAAUGUGAAGCAUGUCAAGUUCUUAUCUUGCGUAGUGAGAAAGACCGUCACAAUGAGCGGGAAUGUGAAGCCAGAACCCUCAACUGCAAGUACUGCAAGGUCACAUUCAACUUCAAGGAUAUUAAGGCCCACGAUGAAAUUUGUCUGAAGUUUCCCAUGCAAUGCAAAGACUGUGGCAAAAAGAAAAUCCCACGAGAGAAGUUUCAAGAACACAGCAAGUCCUGUGCCAAGUCCAAGUCGGCAUGCCAGUUCAGUGAGAUUGGCUGCAGGGCUGUGGUUGACAAUGGUAGGCUGCAGGAGCACGAACAGACCAGUGUGAUGGAGCAUUUGCGUCUGAUGUUGGCGGUACUCUCCUCUGUGCGCCUGCGUGCCGAGGGAGCCGGUGAGUGGCAGGAAGAUUCGGGGCUGGGACUCUACCGUGGACCUGAAGAUGCUCCUCCCGCAGGGGCUCAUGCUGCCGCCCAUAAUGCAGGAAGAGGUGACGGUCCUGGUGUCCAACAGAAAGUCACCGCGUUGGAGAACAUAGUUUCUGUGCUGAAUCGAGAGGUGGAGCGUUCAGCCCUGACUCUGGAGGCGUUGUCUCGACAACAUCGCCUAGACCAGGAAAAGAUCGAGAACUUAUCGAACAAGGUGCGACAGCUGGAACGGACUAUAACCAUGCGAGAUCUGCAGUUAGCAGAGUCCGAGCAGUCUUUGCGGGAGCUGCAGUUUUGCACUUACGAUGGUGUUUUCAUAUGGAAAAUAGCAGACUUCUCUCGCCGCAGACAAGACGCAGUGGGCGGCCGAGCUCCAGCUAUGUUCUCACCUGCGUUCUACUCCAGUAAAUAUGGUUACAAGAUGUGUCUGAGACUGUAUCUGAAUGGAGACGGCACAGGCAGGGGCACACACCUCUCGCUGUUCUUUGUGGUCAUGAGGGGCAAAUACGAUGCGCUCUUAAAAUGGCCCUUCAGCCAGAAGGUGACAUUGAUGCUUUUGGACCAGAACAACAGAGAGCACAUUAUUGAUGCUUUCAGGCCUGAUGUGAGCUCCACUUCCUUCCAGAGACCCAUUAGUGAGAUGAACAUCGCUAGUGGAUGCCCACUUUUCUGCCCCCUCGCCAAGCUGGCAGGCAAAAGCUCUUACUUGAGAGACGAUACAAUAUUUAUUAAAGCCAUAGUGGAUCUCACUGGAUUAUAAAGCAUAACAAAGCUGCGGAAGCCUAAUUAAGUGUAUAAUAAGAUGAAAAAUAUGUAUUAUCAUGAAAGUAUGAAAGAUAUGUAUAUAUAUAUGUAUAUACAUAUAUAUAUGUGUGUGUGUGUGUGUGUGUGUGUGUGUGUG